AUCAAACUUUAUCCACAAGUGGUCUAUUUUUUUCAAAAAAGAAAAAGUUCUGCUCUGUAUAAAAUACCUUCAAUUGAGAGUCAUGGCUCAGAUAAGUAAUUAAGUGGCAUUGCACUAAAUAAACACUCUUACAUCAUUUUAGGGUUUUAAAACAGCCAACCUCCACCUCAUCAAACAACAAUGGCGGGUGCCGGUAUUCAUCCUUAUCACCACCAACAAUGGCCACCUGUUCCGGCUCCUCCACCACCUCCUUCCACCGCCGCUCCUCCUCCUCUUCCUCCCCCAAACUCUGUCGUUCCUAUGCCACCGCCGCCUCAUCCUCCUCUCGAUAAUCGCCUCUGUGAUGAUGUGAGGACGAUAUUCAUUUCGGGAUUACCGGAAGAUGUGAAGGAGAGAGAAUUGCAGAAUUUGCUACGGUGGUUGCCAGGUUACGAGGCGUCUCAGAUUAAUCAGAAAGGCGAGCAUCCUAUGGGAUUUGCUCUUUUCUCUUCGCCUGAGUUUGCUCACGCUGCUAAGGAUGCGCUUCAGAAUAUGGUUUUUGAUGUGGAUUCAAAGUCGGUUUUGCAUACAGAAAUGGCGAAAAAAAAUCUUUUCGUUAAGAGAGGUAUUGUAGCAGAUGCAAAUGCUUAUGACCAAAGUAAACGUUUAAGAACAGGUGGUGACUAUACGCAUACUGGUUAUGCCAGUCCAUCACCAUUUCACCCUCCAGCACCUGUUUGGGGACCACAUGGGUAUAUGGCUCCCCCUCCCCCUCCACCAUAUGAUCCAUAUGGAGGAUACCCUGUACCUCCAGUUCCCAUGCCUGCUCCUGUACCUGCACCAAGUAGCUAUGUUCCUGUGCAGAACACAAAGGAUAACCCUCCUUGUAAUACCUUGUUUAUUGGUAACCUUGGGGAGAACAUUAACGAGGAAGAGCUAAGGGGUUUGUUUAGCAUACAAUCAGGAUUUAAGCAGAUGAAGGUUCUGAGGCAGGAAAGACACACUGUUUGCUUUAUUGAGUUUGAAGAUUUGAAUAGUGCUUCUCAUGUCCAUCAUAAUCUACAAGGGGCUGUUAUUCCCAGUUCUGGCUCUAUUGGCAUGCGUAUACAGUAUUCGAAGAAUCCCUAUGGUAAGCGGAAGGAUUCCAAUCAUUCUGCUGCUGCUAUCAAUGCUGCUGCUGCACCUAUGAAUACCAUGAGUGGAGCUGCCCCACCUAUGACUUACCAGUAGUCCGAAGGGGAUGUACUCUGUUUUUAAUGGUCCAAAAAUGCAACUACAUGAUAAGAUGCAUCAUGCAGCAGUUACACACAUCCAUUUCAUCAGCAUUAGCAUUUCUUCUCAUGUGAAUGAAUACGCAUAUUGACAUCAUGAAUGUACCAUUGAGCCAUAUUGUUUCUUGACAUCCGAUAUGCUUCUUCUCCGCAUAUUGGCAUCAUGAAUGUACCAUCGGGCCAUGUUUUUCCUUGGCAUGUGAUAUGCAUUUGAAGAAGCAUCCUAACUGCCUUGAUGACAUCAUAGAUAUCACAGUUUUUGUUUGUUGUAUUACUGAUGCAUUUCCUGUUGUAGUUUUAUGGAUGUGUGUGUUUAAUGUUCAUAUUGACCAUGCUAUUGAUUGAAUAAAACAUAGAUGGACUGCCAAGUCAUGUAGCUGGAACUUGUGCUCUUGUAGUCUUGUGUGACAUUUCAUGGGCAUGAAGUUGUGAUAUAGGAAGCAUAGGAGUUCACAUCACUGAUCAUGAUUGCUUUGCAAUCCAUUGCCAUUAUCAUUGGCAUCAUGAUUCAUUUAUCAUCAACCCUAUCGAUCCAUCAUCUCUACUGGUUCAAACAGGAGAUAAACAUACAUUUCAGUCAGGGUUUAGGCUCUUCUAUCAAAAGAAUUUAUGCUUGAGAAUGUUGUUCUCGUGCAGUCUAUUUCAGUCAGUUACUAAUGAUAUUAUUGCUUUGUGUUCAAAUGAUCGCUGAAGCUCAUUUUUCAGGUAAUCAUUCUGGAGUUUCCUGGGAUAAUAUGUUAAAGUUCUUUUGAUCAAGUGAAUUACUUUGGUAGUCUCGUAGUUUAUGCAGUUCAAGCACUCAUGGUCUUAUGAGCUUCUGUUUGGCUGUUUUUGCUGAGUUCUGUUGGGUUUUGGAUUGAUUAUUGUAGUUUCAACUUUGUAAGAGAAAUGUAUUUAGUCGCGAGAGUGAUAACUUGAGGACCGGCUGCUAUUUUGUCUUCCGUACUGUUUGACAACUAUAACUUGUAUUUUCAUUUUUGCUUUUGGAAGGUAAAUUGGACUCUUAA